AUGGUAGAAGAACCAAUGGCACUAAUUGGGAGACAACUCAACUAUCUAAUUUACCAUGAUUCCAACAUAGAAAGUCUAAAAGAUGCGCUUAAAAAGCUUUAUGACAAGAAAAAUGAUGUGCAAAGAUCUAUGGAUGCUGCAAAAAGGAAUGGUGAAACCAUCAAAGAUCAAGUUCAGAGCUGGCUGGAGGAUGUAAGUAAAGUAUUUCGUGAAGCACAAGAACUUGAAACCAAAGUCAACAUGCAAAAGUGGUGUUUGUAUGGAUUGUGCCCAAGUUUGAAAUCACGGUAUUCUCUUAGUAGGAAAGCCAAGAAGAUUGCUCAGCAUGUCCUUAAUCUCAAACUAGACGAAGGACUGAGUAAUAAUGUUGCCAAUCCUGCACCUCGGCAACAACUAGGGUCAAUAAUCUCUAGUGAAGGUUUUAAGGGUUUUGAAUCCAGAAAAGCAGUCAUAAAUGAUGUCCUUAGUGCUUUGAGGAAUAAAAUGACAAGAAUAAUUGGCAUUUGCGGGAUGGGAGGUGUGGGUAAAACCACAAUGGUGAUAGAAAUCAUCAAGAAAUUACAAGGAACGAAUAAGAUGUUUGAUGAUGUUGUGAUGUCAACUGUCUCCGCAACUGUAAGCAUUAGGAAAAUUCAAGCUGAAAUUGCAGAGUCACUCGAUAUGAAAUUGGUCGAGGAAAGUGAAUCUAUAAGAGCACAAAGGCUACAUGGGAGAAUCAAGCAGAAGAAAAUCCUGAUUAUAUUGGAUGAUGUAUGGUCAGAGCUUAAAUUACAGGAUGUAGGAAUCCCUUUUGGUGUUGGACCUACAACUAAUCAAGUUCAUGAAGGGUGCAAAAUUUUGUUGACAUCUCGAAAUGAAGAAGUUUGUAAAGUAAUGGGGUGUAAAAAAGAUGACAUUUUUAAAGUCCAAGCCUUAAAUAAAGAAGAAUCAUGGGAGCUUUUCAGGGCAACUGUAGGUGAAUCUAUGAACAAUGAUCCUGAUUUGUCUCAUGUUGCAAAAUUGAUUGUUGGUGAAUGCAAAGGUUUACCCAUUGCUAUCAUCACUGUUGGGAAAGCUCUUCUAUCAAGUAAUGGCAAGCAUGAAUGGAAUACUGCCUUGCAAGAACUGAAAAAUUCUCUUCCAGAAAACAUCCCUGGGAUGGAACACAGUGUUUAUUCUUGCAUAAAACUGAGUUAUGAUAAAUUGGUUAGUGAUGAAGUCAAGUCAUGCUUUUUACUUUGUUGCUUAUUUCCAGAAGAUUAUGAUGUUCCGAUUGAGUAUUUGGUGAGGUAUGGGUUGGGUCGAGCAACUUUCAGAAACACCAAUACAGUCAAAGAUGUAAGAAACAAAGUGCAUUCUUUCGUUGGACAACUAAAAAGAAGGUAUUUGUUGCUGGAUAGUGAAAAGGAAGAAUGUAUCAAAAUGCAUGACAUAGUUCGUGAUGUUGCUAUAUCAAUUGCCUCAAAAGAUCCUCAUAGAUUUAUGGUAAGAUCAUUUGAUGCUGAAGGUGGAGGUGGAGGAUGGCCAGGAGUACAAAAAGUUACAAACCAAGAACAUUGCAGUGCAAUUUCGUUAAUUGAUGUUAAGUUAGAUAAAGAUGUUAUUGAUGCUUUGGAGUGCCCAAAACUUGAGCUUCUACAACUGAGAAAUUCCUCCAGUAGUUCAGAAUAUUCAAACCACUUUAAAAGGUUGAGAGAACUCAAGGUUUUAGCUUUCUUGACGAUGGAUAUGUCAGGUUACUUGGCCUCAAAAAGAUCUCUACCGCUUGGAGAACCCAAGUACCUUCAUACCUUGUGUCUAGAGGGUUGCAAAUUAGGAGACAUAUCCCAUGUUAUUGGAGGAUUGGAGAAUUUGGAGAUCCUCAGCUUUGCUCGCUCUCAAAUCAAUAAGUUACCCAGAGAAAUAGGACUUCUUCAUCGGUUAAGGAUGCUGGAUGCUACAGAUUGUGAAGGACUUGAAGAAAUUCUUCAUGGUGUCUUAUCCAACUUGAGGAGAUUAGAAGAGUUGUACAUGGCAGAAAGCUUUCUCAAUUGGGGGCCAGCAACAGGAAGCAAAGAUGAAACAAGUAUGGCAAGCCUUGAUGAGGUGAUGUCUCUAUCUGAUCAUUUAAAUGUCUUAGCCAUUAAAAUCCCUGAUGUUCAGAUGUUACGGAAUGAUGAGUUUCUUUUAAAAAGUCAGCCUAUAAGAUUUCAUGUAUGUAUCAAUAUUAGUUGGUUAUACGAAAAAUGGAGUUUCAAGAAUCGAAUGCGUGGUUAUUUGUUCGAAAAUAGUUUGAUGCUUCGUGGUGAUGUAAAGGAAUAUUUGGAGAUUGGAGCAGUUAGAUACUUCUUGAAGCAAUCUGAAGACUUAAGCCUACACCACACAUACAAUUUAAAGUAUGUCGCCGAGGAGUUAGAUGGUCUAGGAGGCUUUCAACACUUGAAAGUGUUAUCAAUCAUGCACGACAAGAACAUAGAGUAUCUUAUGAAAGGAACAAAUUGGACUCGUCAUGGUCAACAUCCUUAUCAACAUGCCUUCCCCAUCUUAAGAUCCAUUGCAAUUGUAUGUUGUCAUGAGUUAAAAUAUGUCUUUUCACUAUCUGUAGCACAAAACUUGGUACAACUCCAAAGCUUAACUGUUGACAACUGUGCUAAAGUGGAAGAGAUCAUAUCAAAUGAGAGAAUGGAAGAUGAUAAUGCAUCUCACAUGAUAAUUUUCCCAAAAUUAAAUUUUUUGGAGCUUUCUCUUCUACCAAAUUUCCGUGGUUUUUACACGGGAAACCAACAAGACUCCACCUAUGAGAUUAUAAAGCCCAAUGAUGAAAGUGUGAACAAGAUGAAAGAGACUAGGAAUGACCAACAACAUGAUCAAGUUGCUGGGUCGACCUCAUCUAAAUCAAAAGUAGCACAAGUGGGAGCAAGUUGUAAUGCACUAUUUCCUUCAAAUUGCAUUUCAUGGUUACCAAAUCUAGAGGAACUAGUGUUGACGUUGUUCACAAUCAAGCAAGGGUCAAAAGAAAACAAUGAACCAGUAGUCAAUGUGUUAUUUGAUUUAGAAGGGCAUGUCCCAGCAUUUUCUCAAUUACGAACAUUUAAAGUGUUUGGUUUAUUCCAGUUUGAUCAUAUGUGGAAGAACGUUCGACCUGGAUUCCAAGGUUUUCAAAAUGUAAGAUCUUUAAUGAUUGUAGGUUGUGGCAGUCGUCUGAAAUACCUAUUGCCAAAUGAAAUUUACAAGCUCCUUGUGAAUCUCCAACAAGUCUAUAUAUCUGCAUGUGAGAAUAUGGAAACUAUAGUACUGGCAGCUCCUUCCACAGAGGACAAUAUCCAUGAAAAUGGGAAAAAGAUAGGUGGCAUUGGCGCGAUGACUUUGUUUCCCAAACUACUCAAUAGCUUAUGUCUGGAGAAGUUGCCAAGCCUCGAGAGAUUUUGCCCUGAUGCCUAUUCUUUUGCGUGGUCCUCCUCCACAAGAACUAUGAAGGUGUCAGAGUGUCCCAAAUUAAAGACAUUGGGUUUUGCACCAGUAAGCAAAAAGCUGCCUGCAGUAGUUGCAGAGAAUUUGAGUGAUGAUCAUGUAAGAGUGCGAUGGAGAAAAUUGUUGGAGAGGCAGAAGGAGGAGGAGAAAGUAUUGAGGAUGAAUUGA